CUGGCGAGGAGGCGCGGCGGCGGCGGCGGCGGCGGCAGCAGAGGCGCCCCUGCCCGGCCAUGCCGUACGCCAACCAGCCCACGGUGCGCAUCACGGAGCUGAGCGACGACAACGUCAAGUUCAUCAUCGAGAACACCGACCUGGCAGUCGCAAAUUCCAUCAGGAGAGUGUUCAUAGCAGAAGUUCCCAUCAUAGCUAUAGACUGGGUUCAGAUUGAUGCCAACUCAUCAGUGCUGCAUGACGAGUUCAUUGCACACAGAUUAGGUCUGAUCCCCCUUACCAGCGAUGGUGUUGUGGAUAAGCUGCAGUGUUCCAGGGACUGUGGGUGUGAUGAGUUUUGUCCCGAGUGCUCAGUGGAAUUCUCUCUUGAUGUCCGAUGCAAUGAAGACCAGACGCGGCACGUCACAUCUCGGGACCUUAUCUCCAACAACUCCCAAGUUAUACCGGUGACAUCCAGGAGAAGGGACAAUGACCCCACUGACUACGUUGAACCGGAUGACAUCCUGAUUGUCAAGCUACGGAAGGGCCAGGAACUAAGGCUCCGGGCCUAUGCUAAGAAGGGUUUUGGCAAGGAGCAUGCCAAGUGGAACCCCACAGCAGGAGUGGCCUUUGAAUACGAUCCAGACAACGCCCUGCGACACACCGUCUACCCCAAGCCCGAGGAAUGGCCAAAAAGCGAAUACUCUGAAAUUGAUGAAGAUGAAGCCCAGGCACCCUACGAUCCAAAUGGGAAGCCAGAAAGGUUUUAUUACAACGUGGAGUCCUGCGGUUCUCUGCGCCCGGAAACCAUUGUCCUCUCGGCCUUAUCUGCGUUGAAGAAGAAGUUGAGCGACCUCCAGUCCCACCUGAAUAUUGCGAUCCAGAAACAUAUGCUGACCAUAAAUUGAUCAUUGUUGACUGCUUGGAAACACCCCAGGGUUCCUCCACCUCAGCAACUUUAAGAGGUAUGGACUUCAGCUCCCAGAAUUCCCCAGCCAGCAUGCAUCGACUUCAACUCCCAUGGUGGCUGAGGAAUUCUGAGAGUUGAAGUCCACACCUCUUAAAGUUGCUGAGGUGAGGAACACUCUUCUAAAUCGCCUUCAGCAUUCUCUAAGGAAAUAUUGGUCUUAGGUGUAAGAAAUGUAGCUUGAGAAGAAAAACUGGGUUGUUUUUUUCCUGCCAAUUCUUGAGUGUGUUGGGAACCUGACUCUUAACAAAUGCAAAAAAACAAAAAAAAAUUCACCCCACCAACCGUGUUUUCAUCUUGUUCCCUGUUCUCAUCUCUCCUGAGUCUUGAAUGAAAGAUCUUCAGUGUGAUGGAAGUCCAUGUUACACAACGGAUGCUUGUUGAUACAUAAUAAAAAUAAAAGCUUUGGGAAGGA